GGCCCGGCCGGGCCCGGCGGGCGGCAGCAUGUCCGCGGGCGGCGGCGCCAGCGCCAGGAAGAGCCCCGGGAGGCCCUCGUACUACUACCGGCUGCUGCGGCGGCCCCGGCUGCAGCGACAGAGGAGCCGCUCCCGCAGCCGGACCCGGCCCGCCAGGGAGUCACCACAGGAAAGGCCGGGCUCCCGGCGCAGUCUGCCCGGCAGCCUGCCAGAGAAGAGCCCUAGCAUGGAGCCCUCGGCCACUACGCCGUUCCGGGUCACGGGCUUCCUCGGCCGCCGCCUCAAGGGCUCCAUCAAGCGCACCAAGAGCCAGCCCAGGCUGGACCGCAACCACAGCUUCCGCCACAUCCUGCCGGGGUUCCGGGGCGCCCCCGCCCCCGCCGCCGCCGCCGCCGCGGACAAUGAGAGGUCCCAUCUGAUGCCCAGGCUGAAGGAGUCUCGCUCCCACGAGUCCCUGCUCAGCCCCAGCAGCGCGGUAGAAGCGCUGGACCUCAGCAUGGAGGAGGAGGUGGUCAUCAAGCCUGUGCACAGCAGCAUCCUGGGCCAGGACUACUGCUUCGAGGUGACAACGUCGUCAGGAAGCAAGUGCUUCUCCUGCCGAUCGGCAGCUGAGCGGGAUAAGUGGAUGGAGAACCUUCGGCGAGCAGUACACCCCAACAAGGACAACAGCCGGCGUGUGGAACACAUCCUAAAGCUGUGGGUGAUUGAGGCCAAGGACCUGCCGGCCAAGAAGAAGUACCUGUGUGAACUGUGCCUGGACGACGUGCUCUAUGCCCGCACCACAGGCAAGCUCAAGACCGACAAUGUCUUCUGGGGCGAGCACUUUGAGUUCCACAACCUGCCACCCCUGCGCACCGUCACCGUGCACCUGUACCGGGAGACUGACAAGAAGAAGAAGAAGGAGCGCAACAGCUACCUGGGCCUGGUGAGCCUGCCAGCCGCCUCCGUAGCCGGGCGGCAGUUUGUGGAGAAGUGGUACCCUGUGGUGACACCCAACCCCAAGGGCACCAAGGGUCCCGGACCCAUGAUCCGCAUCAAGGCACGCUACCAGACCAUCACCAUUCUGCCCAUGGAGAUGUACAAGGAAUUCGCUGAGCACAUCACCAACCACUACCUGGGGCUGUGUGCCGCCCUCGAGCCCAUCCUCAGUGCCAAGACCAAGGAGGAGAUGGCAUCGGCCCUAGUGCACAUUCUGCAAAGCACGGGCAAGGUGAAGGACUUCCUGACGGACCUAAUGAUGUCAGAGGUAGACCGCUGCGGGGAAAACGAGCACCUUAUCUUCCGGGAGAACACGCUGGCUACAAAGGCCAUUGAAGAGUACCUCAAGCUGGUGGGCCAGAAGUACCUGCAGGAUGCGCUAGGUGAGUUCAUCAAAGCACUAUAUGAGUCAGAUGAGAACUGUGAAGUCGACCCAAGCAAAUGCUCUGCCGCCGACCUCCCUGAGCACCAGGGCAACCUCAAGAUGUGCUGCGAGCUGGCCUUCUGCAAGAUCAUCAACUCCUACUGUGUCUUCCCGCGGGAGCUGAAAGAAGUGUUUGCCUCAUGGCGACAGGAGUGCAGCAGCCGCGGGCGGCCGGACAUCAGCGAGCGGCUCAUCAGUGCCUCCCUGUUUCUGCGCUUCCUCUGCCCAGCCAUCAUGUCGCCCUCGCUCUUCAACCUGCUGCAGGAGUACCCCGAUGACCGCACCGCCCGCACCCUCACCCUCAUCGCCAAGGUCACCCAGAACCUGGCCAACUUCGCCAAGUUUGGCAGCAAGGAGGAGUACAUGUCGUUCAUGAACCAGUUCCUGGAGCACGAGUGGACCAACAUGCAACGCUUCCUGUUGGAGAUCUCCAACCCCGAGACCAUCUCCAACACAGCCGGCUUCGAGGGCUACAUCGAUCUGGGCCGAGAGCUAUCUAGUCUGCACUCACUGCUCUGGGAGGCUGUCAGCCAGCUAGAGCAGAGCAUUGUGUCCAAACUGGGGCCCCUGCCUCGAAUCCUGAGGGACGUCCACACAGCAUUGAACACCCCAGGCAGUGGGCAGCUCACAGGGACCAACGACUUGGCCUCCACUCCUGGCUCUGGCAGUAGCAGCAUCUCGGCUGGGCUGCAGAAGAUGGUGAUUGAGAAUGAUCUCUCUGGUCUGAUAGAUUUCACCCGGUUACCGUCUCCAACCCCCGAAAACAAGGACUUGUUUUUUGUCACAAGGUCCUCCGGGGUCCAGCCCUCACCUGCCCGCAGCUCGAGUUACUCAGAAGCCAACGAACCUGAUCUUCAGAUGGCCAAUGGUGGCAAGAGCCUGUCUAUGGUGGACCUCCAAGAUGCCCGCACACUGGAUGGGGAGGCAGGCUCCCCGGCAGGCCCCGAUGCCCUCACUACUGAUGGGCAGACGCCAGCAUCUCAGCUAGCGGCCGGGUGGCCAGCCCGGACAGCCCCAGCAAGCCUGGCGGGGCUGGCGACAGUACGGCGGGCAGGCCAGACACCGACCACGCCGGGCACCUCCGAGGGCGCCCCUGGCCGGCCCCAGCUGUUGGCGCCACUCUCCUUCCAGAACCCUGUGUACCAGAUGGCGGCUGGCCUGCCACUUUCGCCCCGUGGCCUUGGCGACUCUGGCUCUGAGGGCCACAGCUCCUUGAGCUCCCACAGCAACAGUGAGGAGUUGACGGCAGCUGCCAAGCUGGGAAGUUUCAGCAGUGCCGCCGAGGAGCUCUCCCGGCGACCCGGGGAUCUGGCCCGGCGGCAGAUGUCACUGACUGAGAAGGGCGGGCAGCCCACGGUGCCUCGGCAGAACAGUGCUGGCCCCCAGCGAAGGAUUGACCAGCCCCCGCCCCCGCCCCCGCCCCCGCCUCCUGCGCCCCGCGGCCGGACGCCACCCACCCUGCUCAGCACACUGCAGUACCCACGGCCCUCCAGUGGAACCCUGGCAUCCGCCUCGCCUGAUUGGGCCGGCCCUGGAGCCCGGCUUCGGCAGCCGUCAUCCUCGUCCAAGGGUGACAGCCCAGAGCUGAAACCUCGCGUGGUGCACAAGCAGGGCCCUUCACCCGUGAGCCCCAAUGCCCUGGACCGCACGGCUGCUUGGCUCUUGACCAUGAACGCGCAGUUGUUAGAAGACGAGGGCCUGGGCCCAGACCCCCCCCACAGGGAGCUAAGGAGUAAGGAGGAGCUCAGCCAAGCAGAAAAGGACCUGGCAGUACUACAGGACAAGUUGCGAAUCUCUACCAAGAAGCUGGAGGAGUAUGAGACCCUGUUCAAGUGCCAGGAGGAGACGACGCAGAAGCUGGUACUGGAGUACCAGGCACGGCUGGAAGAGGGUGAGGAGCGGCUGCGGCGGCAGCAGGAGGAUAAGGACAUCCAGAUGAAGGGCAUCAUCAGCAGGUUGAUGUCAGUGGAGGAGGAGCUGAAGAAGGACCAUGCUGAGAUGCAAGCAGCUGUAGACUCUAAACAGAAGAUUAUUGAUGCCCAGGAGAAGCGCAUCGCCUCACUGGACGCUGCCAACGCCCGCCUCAUGAGUGCCCUGACGCAGCUGAAAGAGAGGUACAGCAUGCAAGCCCGUAACGGCGUCUCCCCCACCAACCCCACCAAAUUGCAGAUUACUGAGAACGGCGAGUUCCGAAACAGCAGCCAUUGUUAA